GUCAGCAACAGUGCCACAUCAGCAGUACCACGUCAGCAGUGCCCCGCCACCAUGACGGGCUCAGUUCUGGGCAUGCCAGGCCAACUGGCCAAUGAGUCCAUUGCCGAGUACCGACAGCGUUUUGAAGCUCAGCUCGCACUGAUCGACGCUGAGGAACAGCGUCAGGCGGCAGCCGAGGCUUCCCGCCUACAAGCUGAAGCGGCGGCAACAUCCGAGCUAGCGAAUCUCCGACGGGCGGUGCGGAACCACAAGGAUCUGCACGAGGAUGCUACACGGGCACUUGAUUCCCGUGUACAGGACAUGGAACAAUCUGCACCAAGACCGGAUGCUGGCGAGUCCAGCAGUGCACCCUCUACCCGCCAAUUGGAGGAACGAGUUGACCAUGUCGUCGCAAUGCUCGGCAACAUCAGCACCUUCGCUGCACCAGCCACCAUCAGCAAGCAGCUGGACACCUUGAAGACCGAGGUUCAGCAACUGCACCAGCUGCCCAACAAGGAUGGCAACACCUCGCAGCACUACAAGAUGCCGACAUUCCGCAUCGAAAAGUUCGAUGAUUGUACGCAUCAAGACCCGGUCCCCUGGUGGGAGGGCUUUACGACGGAACUUCGGAUUCUUUUCGUCCCCGAGCGCUCGUACAUUGGCGCGCUGUUCCUCAACUCAAAGGGCGGAUGCCAGAUCUGGCUUAGCCACCUGGCAACCAUCCACGGCGUCGACGUCGCCGAUCUGCACACGAAGAUUCCUUGGGCAGAUCUGACGAAGCUAUGGAAGAAGCGGUUCAUCGUGGACGACGCCCCGACGCUCGCCAUCAACCGCCUCGCGAUGACGCAAGGCAACACACCGACACGCGACUGGCUCACAGAAUGGCAAAAGAUUGCGGCGACACCCGAUCUCAAAUUGCCAUUUUCGCAUCAGCGCCGGGAGUUCUACAACCGGUCAUGUGCCGCCUUGAGCCUUGCACUUGGUGAUAGCAAGCAAUACGCUAUGAGGGAACCCGGGGAAGGGUCGCCUACCGAUCGCCGAAGCCAAGGGCAACGGUGCCUGUCACUCGCCGCGGCCGUCUCCGGGGUCCUCGGCGAUCAGCAGGGUGAUGGCCUCAGCACUCACCUGCUGCAUGGUCAUUAUGAGUUUCAUGUCUGAAGACUCUCGCUGCCUGUACGAUUAUAAUGAGAUUAAUUAAUCAGAAAUAUUCGCCGUUCUUCGGGCUCGCCUUUAGCGGUAGGGCCCCCAACCCCCGUCACUCUCUCUCCGUCUCAUCAGCCUCACAUACUCUAGGGGUUCAACCGGGCUCAGACGCCCAGUUCGCUGUAUCAGACUCAAAAGUUCCCAAGCGUUCUCAGGCUUAACCAGGUAUCCCCGUACUACUUCAAAAGAAGAGAUUAAAUAAAUUAUACUUUAAAUG